AUAUGACCGCCGCCAUGAGAAAAGGGGCACUCGGGCAUAUAUGACGUAACGUCAAAAACUUCGGGAAAAGGAGAACGGCUAAUGACAGCGAUUUUUUCGUCGCCAUACUAGUUUCGGUGCGCGAGAUUUAUAAAGUAUUGGCUGUAUAUGAAUUGUUUGAGGAAAUGGACGAAUUUGAGGAAUUAAAUGGAUUAUUUGAAUCAUUUGGAGUACCUGCCGAGCAGAGUCAAACAUCAACAGAGGUUGAUAUUCCUGAAGAUCUGAGCCAGGAGUUUGAAGUCAGUGACAGUGACCAAGAACAGUCUGACACAGAACAGGUAGUGAAUGAAAGGAUUGAAGAAGUGAUUAGAAAUUAUGACACUGUAAAUACCAGGGAAUCAGACUCAGACAGAGACACUGAUGACGCAUCAUGUACUCGUAACAGAGCCUGUAAUGUUUGUACGUGUGAAGUUGAUUGCCUUCUCUAUUUUGACAAAGCUAGUGUUGACAGUCACACACUUUCUAUGAGAGAGAUUGACAGAAAUGAAGCAGAGAUGUUCAUUACUGGGAGUGUACAUCAAAUUGCUACUGACGAAACUCUUAAAGGGAAACGCCGGAAACGGACUCGUUUUAGAUACACAUUUCAUGGUAAACCUAUCUGUUAGAAGGCAUUCAUGUAUGUAAAUGAUAUCGGAUCAAAAGCUCUCCGAAACCUACUUGAUCACUUUACUACCAAUGGCGCAAUACCACGUACCCACGGAAACAGUGGAAGAAAACCACACCAUGCCCUCGGUUACAAUGAGAUACGGUUUUGUGUAGACUGGAUUUUAUGGUAUGCUGAUAUCAAUCGUUUACCUAUGCCAGCAGCACCCAGGGGCCGUGACGGGGAAGCCCCUAUUCUUCUCCCGUCGAACCUUACAAAAGCUUCUCUACACAGUCAAUAUUGUCAGGCAUGUGAGGAGUCAGAUGUACGGAAGCUCGGAGUGUCAUCAUUCAAAAAUGUAUGGAAAAAUUGCAUU